CAGUGGUAAAUGUCCACGUUGUCAAAAGCAGGACAAAACUGGGGAGAAUUAAGUUCUGGCAAAUUAAUAUGGAAUUAGUCUCUCUUAUGACUCAAAGCAGUGUUCACCACUCCAUCAAGCCCCACAAAUUUGAUUUAUUGUGACAGUAUUGGAUACUGAAUAAGGCGAGUGGAUGAAGUUUUCGCUACACGAGGAUGAUAAAUUUGGUAAAUGACUUUCUUACUAAUGCAGAUAAGGAGGAUAUUAUUAAGUGUGUUAAAGGCUUAGUACACUACCCCUUAAAACAUGAUAGAUUAGGUUUCAGGAUUACUAAAGAAGAUGAGAAACUGCUCUAUGACAAAUACUUCCAUCAAAUAAUGGGCCACACUUUCAAGAUUGUCAACGAAUUACCAACGACUGAAAUGUUAUCAUUAUGUAGAUUUUUGACGGAAUUCUCGAAAGGCGAUAUUUGGCUUGAGUCCGCAUGCAACUUGUUGUCAAGCAAUAUUGUAUCUACAGAAGCUCAUUUACUAGUAGUUGAACUAGAAAAGUUUUUCUCAGAGUUCAACAGAGUGUCAGAUUUUAUUUCUGCUUGCAUUGAUGACAGUGAAAUUGUCUCAGAUAGCUCGCAAUUGUUUCUGGAGUCACGAGCCAGGUUAUUGGCCAACGUGCCUUACUAUGUUGCUAACGUGAAACGUGAGAAUCCCUCCUACUUCACUGUUGGGAGUCAUUUUGUCAAAAACAUUUUGUCAGCCUUCAAACGUGUUUCCAAUACAUCGCAAAAUAUGUAUCAGCUUUUAGGAUUAAUUGUUAGUCAUCUAUGUUUGGCCGGGUAUUCGAAAUAUGUCUCAGAUUUUAUUGUUGAGCAGGGACAACAUAAUUCCGCUGACAUUUGGUCUAAAUUACUAAUCCACACCAACACAAAAAGUAUGGAAAUGUGUUUGGCUUCACUCGCUAAAGAAUGUCCAACCCCACAAAAAUAUUAUGCGUUGUUAUCAAGAAUUCUUGAAAUGUCCUCUCCUACUUUUGAUUCAUAUAUGAGGUUAUGUCGUCGUUUGUUCUACAUCCGCCAGUUUAAAUCUGGAAAUACCGUCAGAAACAUUUUUAAUUCGUUUUUCAUGGCUGUUUCAAAGUGUGAGACGCUUGAAAAAUCAACCUGUUUAGCUACCAGGGUUGAUGAAGAUUUGGGACUACCUGCUCUUCGCGUAUGGUCUGACAUAAACUCCAUACAAACAGCUUCCCUAGAAAGACGUAUUUAUUUGUCGCAAAUAUUAAUUUCAUGGAUUAUUGAUUUUCGGGACCCUGUGCGUGCUAAUUUAUCCAUCAACUUAUCCAAUGACCACUUAUUACCUGAUGUACUGAAUGGAAUCAGUAAUCACCUUGGAAGUCCGCGAAUUGAAAUUCGUACUCUUGGUAUGGUUAUAGCGGAGUGGAUUGUGAAAAUUUUCGACUGGAGUCCUGGUGAUGAGAAUCAGAAGUUGAAAUUUGACUAUGAAGAACUAAAUUUUCUUAGCCAUAUUCGACCAUAUUUUGUUCCUCUGGAUGAGGCUGUCGAUGCUGAGUCUGGUGAUCACAAUUCAGUUCCAAUUCAAACGCCGUCAAGUGUAGAGUCUCCCAAAAUCGCCCUUAAUUCACUUGAAUACAAGAUAACGAACGAAAACUGUGAAACUGCGAAACAAGCUCUACAUAAACUAGACAGUGAUGAUGAUCCAGAUAGUGAUAAUGACUCAUUGACACCACUCCCUUCCAUUAGUUCUUCAAAUCGCUACAAUAAAACACCAUUUUAUCUUCGUGAAUGUCUUGAUGGAAUGUUAUUAUCUAAGGUUGAAGAUAACCCAGUGAAUAUUGCAUGUACAAUGUCUGCAGAAAAGUUGAUCUACGCUCAUCCGGAAGCGGCACAAGAGUUAGCACUAGAAUUCGCUCGUGUUCUUGUUCAUAUUGAACCACCUGUAACACCUGAUCCGGAACAAAUAGCUCGUGCCAGACAUGAUGCCCUAGUAGCUAUUGGUGUAGUUGCUCCGAAAAAAUGCGCACGUUAUUUGACUUCAGAAUUUUGUCAGUCAGGAUAUUCCAUUGGCCAAAGGAUGAAUAUUAUAUCAUCUCUCACUGAUAUUGCCUGUAAGUUGUAUGGGGGCAAAGACGCACUACUCUCUCAAAGAUUCUCCUCAAAUCAUCAGAUAGCCAAUAAUGAUGCGGUCACUGCUAACAACGAUCAUAAAGGAAAAACCCGUCGAUUUUGUAAAAAGCGCCCUCCAUCUUCCUAUAUUAUUAAUAAAUUUGCUCCUUUUGCUGGAGAGUUUUUCUUUCCCUUGCUAAAAAGCAUUCCACAGUUAUCUCUUUCUUCUGCUAAAGGACCGUUCGCUCAUCAAGAUGCUAGUUUAUUGGCUAGCUUAUUGGCGUCGUUGGGAACUAUUUAUGCUUGCUCCAGUCUCUCAUCUGUCCAAGCUCGAAUGGCUGACGAGUUGAUAAAUUUAAUUCCUUUAUUUCAUCGACAUCCGGAACCUGCAGUGCGACGUGCUUUACACAUAGUCGUUGGAACAGUUAUCACCACUACUCCACUGGAAAUCUUAUCUUCUAAACCUGAAUUGAUUUUUAGAAAGUCAAUCGUUUUAUCUGGUAGUAAAAAAAGCUCUGUAGAAAGUACUAUUUCUAGCUGGUUAAAAUCAUGUUCAUUGUCUGAUUCAGAUGCAGAAUGUCAACUCUUAGCUUCUAAUAGUCUUUCCGCACUAUGUGAACGAUUUUUAGAGUGGAAUCAUAGUAAACAGUAACUCCGAAAUAAGUUUCAGUACAUUUAUUCCACUUAUCUAUCGAUAUUCAUGCUUUUUGUACAUAGUGUAUAAAUUCUUAUGAUCAAUAUACAUAAAUUAACGAGUAUUUGGUGUUAAAUUCUUAUAAAUGCUUGCUUGAAAUAUCAUAGUAGUGAUAUAUAUAUAUAUAUAUCAUGAAUGAUAUCUUCAUUUGUAACUUAAAGGUGAAUUGUUAUACAUACCAUAGUUUUACUAUGAUUUGUUUUCCCUAUUCAAGUAUACUUCAGUGUGGAUUGAGUACUUAACAACAUAUAAACUUUUCAUCUUAUCGUCAGAUUGUAGCUUUAGUGUGAAAUCCAUCGAGACAGAACCGAUAUAAUCUACCAUUGUAAUGGUAGUUAAAUUGUGUAAAGACGGUUUUCUUUGGCUGAUUUCAGACAUGAAUAUUGGGAAAAGGGUCUUGUGUGCAAAUAUGCACUAAGAAUUUAAACUGCCAAAAUACAAAAACCAGUGGAACUUGGUGAAUACAUGAAAUUUAUUAUACUAGCCGGAAAAUCUUGACUCUGAAGAUAUGGAAACUAAAAGAGCAUACCAAACAUGGAAGUUAAAAAUUGUCUGUGUUUACCUCUUAUUUGUCCAAAAUAUUUAUCCAAAAUUAUUAGCUGACAGUUCAGGGUAACUAGGCUGUAAAAAAACCCAGCAGUGGAGUUACAUAGCUAUCAUUGUACUGACUGCAUUCAUGUAUCAACUAGCCAUACAAACAUCUCUCAACUAUGCGUUCGUGCUGUAUAGAAAUGAAUCAAUCAGAUAAUUGUUCUACCGCAAACUAUUAAAUACCGCUUAAAAGUUUUCGUACAUCUUUUUCUUUGAUUAUUGCAGAAAAAUUCAUUUAACAUAUAGAAAUUCAUGAAUAGAAUUAAGUGAAAAAGAAUAUUAAGCAUAUUAGUGUUUCAGUCAAUAGGGUCAUGUACCAAGUAAUAUACGAAAAUCUACUAGUGAACUACUAAAUGAAAUAUUUGAGACAAAUGUAUGAUUCCUGGGAAUUAACAUCAUGCCAUGUAUUAGUUUACGUAAUGGUAAGUGCUGUAAGACUACGUUGAUUGUGGCCUGAACAUAGUGAAUAUUAUUUAUCAUGAAUAAACGUUUGUGGUGUAUACGAAACUACGUGGAUGUAUGUUGGAUAUUGUGUAGUUGAGAUAAAAAGUUAUCUUUGAUAAUUUUACAGGUAAUCGGUAAUUGGAAUUCCAGUUUCACAAGAUGCAUCCUGACUUCUCUUUUAUUUCAUUCAAUUGUGUUCAGUGUGAGGAAGAUCACAUUAAAGUUAAAACUGAGAUACAAAUCAACAAGUAAUUGAUCCAAUACAUGGAAUGGAAUCGAAUCGAAAAUUUUACUCAUAAUUGGAUGAUACUUGGAUAAUUUAACAGAUAUCAUUGGCUGCCACAAUAAUAACUGUAGACCUCAGUUGAUAAAUUACAUUUAUAUUUAUUACUAAAUACUUUGUAAUAUAUUCGUCCAGAUCCUUCAUCUCAUUUUUAUUUGUCAUAUAGUGUUGUGUAUCCAAUGGAAAGAGAAUUACCAAACGUAUCAUUGAACAACUGUUUGAGAACUUCUAGUGUCAUUGGAAUGCAACAAAACAAUGAUGAGAAUCCACUUAAUAAUAAAGCGAAUAUAUACAAUAGUGGAAUUCAGUGCGGUCUAAACUUAUCCAAUAGUAGUAUGUGUGAACAUCAGAAUUUAACAACAUUUGAUCCCUCUUUACGACCGGUGCAUGCUGAAGUUUGUGUAUCUCCGUAUAAUUGUGAAGAAUUUACUGUCAUUGAAUCUUACGUCGUAGAAUUUCUACGUCAACUUGGUCCUCGACACAUACCAACUGUCCUAAACAAAUUUGAUAAUGAAUUGAGUUUAGUAACAUGUAAUAGUGAGGUGAAUAAGUUUCAUCAGGUUCUUACUAGUUGUGUUGCGUCAAUUAAUUUAAUGCUUGAUGAAGCUGAUGGAAUUUAUGAUAAUGAUACUGGUCGAUCAGUUAAUCUUUGUAUUACACCUAUUUUAGUACAUAUUUAUCAAAUGGUUAAUGGAGAUGAAGCUUUACCAGUUCAAGAAUUAAUUGAAUUCGGUUCAGAAUCUAUAAAUGGUGGAACUACAUGGCUACUUCCAUCAGCAGAAAUGUCAGGUCUCUGGGAAUCACUUAUUUUUGAUACAGAUAUAAAACUAAAUUUAUUACAGUAUGCACAAACUGCUCUACUAUUUGCUGAUCGAAAAGUAUCUUCAUCUGUAAUUUCUUGGAAUCGUGUAAUUCUGUUGUAUGGUCCUCCAGGGACUGGUAAAACUUCACUAUGUCGAGCAUUAGCUAAUAAAUUAGCCAUAAGAAUGGCUGAUCGUUACUCAUCAGCACAAUUAAUUGAAAUUAAUACAAUGAAUUUAAUGUCGAAAUGGUUUUCUGAAAGUGCACGUCUCGUAACAAAAAUGUUUGAUGGAAUUAAAGAAUAUUUAGAGUCAAAUGAUCAUCUUGUAUGUUUAUUAAUUGAUGAAGUUGAAAGUUUAACAGCUGUCCGAACUUCUUCCAUGUCAGGCUGCGAACCAAGCGAUGCUAUUCGUGUUGUUAAUUCUGUUUUAACUCAAAUUGAUCAACUACUUAGUCCCAAUCUCAAAUACCACUUCACCUACUUCGGUUUAGGCAACUGAUUAAACGUUUCCCCAAUGUUUUGAUAUUGGCCACUUCAAAUGUAACCGGUGUUAUAGACCCAGCAUUUUUAGACAGAGCUGAUAUACGUCUGUUUAUUGGUCCACCAUCUCCACCAGCUAUUUAUUCAAUCUAUCGCACUUGUUUAUAUGAAUUAAUAAGAGUUGGAUUAAUCAAUUCUACAGAGGAUAGUCGAUUAUUAAGUUAUCAAACAUUGGCAUCUGUACAAUUUAUGGAAAAUCAAGCCAAUUCAUUAAGUAUAGAACUAUGGCGUUUAGCAGAACAUAGUCUUGGUUUAAAUGGUCGUACAUUGCGCAAAUUACCUUUGUUAGCGUAUGCAUUUUAUUUGAAUAAACUAAUCCCUGAUAUGCGAUAUAAUUCUACCCUUCAUUGUCGUCGAAUUCAUCUACCAGACUCUAAUAAAAAUAAUUCCUCUAUUCUAAAUGAAUCUUCAUCAUUUUAUAAUGUUAGCUCAUCCAGUAUGUGUAUGAAUGAAUCGAUUCAUUCUUCAAUGAUAUCAGCGACAGGAACAGCAGCGGUGGUACCAGAAGCCGAAUUAUCAUCAUUACCAUUGCCGAUUCCUAAUUGUGUAAAAUCGAAUAAUGUUUCAUUGGGUAUAUUUAUUAAAGCAUUGAAAUUAACUGUAGAUGCUCAGUUCACCGAGUUGAAAUCACUUGAUUUAGCAUCAUUGGGAAAGGGACGUUUAACUGGAGUUCAAUGAACAGAAUUAAACUACACUUAACUUUCUUUGCUGUUUCUUUUAUAUUUACUACCUCUUUCCUGCUCCCGGUUUUUUGUACGUUUAUGUACACAUUUGUUUCUGAAUGCAUUUAUGUUUUUCUUGCUAGUCUGGUUGUUAACAUUCUUCUCUAGAGUUUAUUUUUUUUAUUAUUGUUGUUAUUUUUAUAGAAAUCAAAUAAAUGCAUUGGAGAAUUUUGUAGAAAAGCUCUUUAUAUAUAUAAUUGAACGAAAUAGAACAUUCCCGACAUUUUUUUGAAAGCGCUACCAUAAAAAAAGACAAUAGGCAAGAGGAAUGUAUGUGUAUCGCGAGAAGUUACACAGUAUUUUCAUAAUACGUAGC